CCAAAGAGUUCAUCUAAAAAUGAUAGCGAGUGAGACAUCGCCUUUUCCAGCAAACGUGCAUUUAUGUUGAAAGCAAGAGCAUCUGUCGCAAUUAGCGAUCUUUGUCGUCAGCCUUUUUUCCUCCUUCCAAGCAUGUUUCUCAGCGCCUGCGAGGCUUAAAACAUCGACGAACUUGCUCUGCCGGCUAAGCCUUGGCUAACCUUCGUCUUUUUACCGCAUCACAACAACAACAUACGUUAUACACACAAAUUGAGACCUCCAUAAAAUCAAGAAAAGUACGCCUUGUCUUUGGAGAGUUUCAUUUAUUGGUUCGCUGGCUGUAUAGCAACACACGUGACGUGUUGUGAGGACAGCACAGUAAAAAGACGAUUACUCAGCGGGCUCCAGCAGCACAGAGCUAUAUCGAGGCAACAUGAGUCUCCGCUCAGGAAGAAGCUAUCUGGGAGGUUACGACCAACAGACUGAAGAUGAAGCAGCCCUCCAGCCACAAAUCGACUCGGAAGACGAACUGGACGCCGGGACAGCCACAGAUCGACUAGACCCUACAGUCCAGCCGUCGUCGAUGGAGCAACGUUCUUCACCUCAACAGCGGUCUUCACCUCAACAGCGGUCUUCACCUCAACAGCGGCCUUCACCGCAGCGUCAGCCUUCACCUCAGCAGCAGCCUUCACCGCGGCGACAGCCUUCACCUCAACAGUGGUCUUCGCCUCGCCAACAACUUUCGCCUCAACAGUGGUCCUCGCCUCGACGACAGCCUUCACCUCCACGCAGCACUAGGUCCAGCGCUCCCAGUCGGCGGUCACACUCAUCUUCAUCGUCGGUUUUCUCAGCAACAAGGGCUUACGCCAAAGCUCAGGCAGCCAAGGCCCAACUUAGCUUUGCUGAAAAGGAAGCUAACAUGAUGAGGCAAAGAGCAGAAUUAGAGGCUAGUCUCCACGUUCUGAAGUGUGAAAAAGAAAUAGCUGCAGCUGAAGCUGAAGCUGCAGCCUACGAAGAAGUAGAACGUCAGAGCGGGGAGUCAGACAUAGAACCUCAAAUUGAAAAUGUGCCUUUGAAUUCAAUACAGCGCACUAGUGAAUAUGUUGAACAGCAACACAAAUUAUUAGUGCCAUCAAAAACAGUAGUUAAUAGCUCGGACAUGCAAGUCACAAAUGAACAUGUCAGAGUUAAAGCCGAAACUUCGCACGUCUCAGAACCCACGAUUCAGGGCGUCAAACACGAAAUGAAAAUAAAUCAAAAUAUAAAUAACACCCAGUCUUUGAACCCACACGCUCAUACGUUUCAACCGGCAAAAAACAACCAAAUUGAACUAAAUGGAGCAGCAGAGUUCGCUAAAUAUCUCAUACGCAAAGAAUUGGUCAGUACUGGUUUACUGCAAUUUGAUGAUAAACCAGAAAACUUCCGAGCUUGGAAGGCGUCCUUCGUCAGCUCGACAAAAGAUCUGAAUUUGUCCGCUAGAGAGGAAUUAGACUUACUAACAAAGUGGUUGGGGCCAAAAUCAGCAGAACAAGCUAAAAGAAUCCGCAUAGUUCACACUCUUAAUCCCGCUAAAGGUACAAAAAUGAUUUGGGAACGCCUCGAAGAGUGUUAUGGAUCCUCAGAAGCGAUCGAAGAUGCACUUCUAAAAAAGAUAGAAGAGUUCCCAAGACUAACAAAUAAAGAUCCAACCAAGCUUAGAGAACUUGGUGACAUCUUGUUAGAGUUAGAGUGGGCAAAAUCAGACGGAACACUUCCAGGGCUUGCGUAUCUUGACACGGCACGAGGGGUAAGGCAAAUAGUUGAAAAACUCCCCUUUAAUUUACAAGAAAGGUGGACAGUAGUGGGCUCACAAUAUAAAGACACUCACAGUGUGCCGUUUCCCCCUUUCUCAGUUUUCGUGCAGUUUGUACAGCAACAGGCGAAAAUGCGAAAUGAUCCGAGCUUCGCCUUAUACAACAGUAACGCUCAAACGUCCAGUCGCACAGAGAGGUCGACACCACACAAUCGUAAAUUUGCUGUGACAGUACACAGAACAGACGUUGCAAUCGAAAAUCAGAGUGGGCCUGACCAAAAUAAAAUAGAGGAGCCAGAUCGGCAAUGCCCAAUUCACAAAAAGCCACAUCCUCUCAAAAAAUGCAAACUGUUUAGAGACAAGCCUAUGGAAGAGCGCCGCACCUUCCUCAAAGAGCAUCGCAUUUGUUAUAGGUGUUGUGGCUCAGUACAACAUGUUGCAAAAGAUUGCAAGGUGGCAGUCAAGUGUGUUGAGUGCAACAGUCCUAACCACGUGUGGGCACUUCAUCCAGGUCCCACUCCUGUUCCCAAAAAUGACGUCUCAGAAAGUUCAGUUACUGAGCAGGAAACUGCAGUGCUUUCCAUGUGUACGGAAGUAUGCGGUCAAAAUGAAAGCCCUCGCUCUUGCUCCAAAAUCUGUUUAGUGAGAGCUUAUCCAGAAGGCCAAAAACACAAAAUGCUAAAUAUGUACGCAGUGAUCGAUGAACAAAGCAAUAGGUCCCUGGCAAGAACAGAGUUCUUUAAUUUGUUUGAAAUCAAGGCCAAACCUGCUCCAUACACCCUAAAAACAUGUUCUGGAAAGGCAGAAACCUCAGGCAGAAGAGCAGCAAACUUCUUCAUACAGUCAAUGGAUGGCAAAACUGACAUCAAACUGCCUCCUUUGAUUGAAUGUGACUCAAUACUCGAUGACAGAUCAGAAAUACCAUCACCUGAGAUUGCAAAGCACCAUCCUCAUCUCUUCAGAAUUGCAGACAAAAUUCAACCCAUUGAUCACCACGCUCCAAUCCUUCUACUCCUGGGAAGAGACGUUCUCAGGGUUCAUAAGGUACGUGAGCAGAUUAACGGGCCCAACAACGCUCCCUACGCCCAAAGACUGGAUUUGGGUUGGGUUGUAGUGGGGGAGGUAUGUUUAGGCAAGAUUCACGGCAACACAGAGGUCAAUGUUUACAAAACGCACAUGUUGGACAAUGGGCGCACAACCUUUCUUCAGCCAUGUCCAAAUGUCAUUACUGUAAAAGAGGACCAUAGUGUUGGGAUUGAGCAAAACAUACUGACAAGUACAAACAGAAUGGACUCUGUAGACAUCACAGACAAGCUAGGUCAAUCUGUGUUUGACAGAGAUGAAUCAGAUGACAAGGUAGCACUGUCCAUAGAUGACAAAACCUUCCUAACGAUCAUGAAGAACAACGUGAGCAAAAACAAAGAGAACAAUUGGGUCGCUCCUUUGCCUUUCCGCAGUCCAAGGAGGAGGCUUCCAAACAAUAGAGAUGCAACCCUGAAGCGUCUCUAUUCACUUAAAAAGACUUUGGAAAAGAAACCAAAAAUGAAAGAGCAUUACAUCCAAUUUAUGCAGAAAAUGCUGGAUAAUGAUCAAGCUGAACUUGCACCGCCUCUACCUGAAGGUAAAGAACACUGGUAUUUGCCAACAUUUGGCGUAUAUCACCCGCAGAAACCAGAUCAAAUUAGAGUCGUGUUCGAUUCUAGUGCAGAGUGUGAUGGUACGUCCCUUAACCAAGUGCUAUUAAGUGGACCCGAUCUGAACAAUUCCCUGUUAGGUGUCUUGAUGCGAUUCCGGAAGGAACCAGUUGCCUUAACAGCGGACAUUCAGCAAAUGUUUUAUUGCUUUGAGGUGUGCGAAGACCACAGGGACUAUCUUCGCUACCUCUGGUUUAAAGACAAUGACCUUACAAAAAAUGUAGUGGAAUACCGAAUGAAAGUACAUGUCUUCGGUAACAGUCCAUCACCUGCUGUUGCCAUUUACUGUAUGCGCCGGGCAGCAGAGGAGGGUGAGCAAGAACACGGCACAGAUGCUAGACAGUUUGUCGAGACACAGUUCUAUGUCGACGAUGGACUUACAUCUGUUCCCACUCCAGAACAUGCAAUUGACCUGUUAACAAGAACAAAAGGCUUGUUAGCAGAAUCCAACCUGCACCUUCACAAAAUUGCAUCGAAUUGCAGCUUGGUCAUGGAAGCAUUUCCUAUGGAGGACCGUGCAAAGGAACUGAAACAUCUGGACCUUGGAGUUGAUCCCCUUCCAGUUCAGAAAAGCCUAGGACUUUGUUGGAAUUUGGAAACUGACAGUUUCACUUAUCGUGUAUCCAAUGAAACAAAACCAUUCACACGCAGAGGAGUGCUAUCGACAAUCAAUAGCCUCUAUGACCCGUUAGGAUUUGCUGCUCCUAUAAUCCUGCAGGGCAAGGCACUGCUCAGAGAACUGUCAUGUGAUGAGAAAGACUGGGACGCACAUCUUCCCCCUGAAAAAGAGCAGUUGUGGAUCUCGUGGAAAGACUCUUUGAAUGCUCUUGAGGAUCUGGAAAUAAAAAGGUGCUAUGGGCCAGGUUCAGUGAGUACUAUGCAAAGUCAUGAUUUGUUUGUUUUCUCAGAUGCAUCAACUGUGGCGAUAGGGGCAGCAGCUUACCUGCGCUCUGUGGACAGUCAAGGCCAAUAUCACGUAGGCUUCGUGAUGGGAAAGUCUAAACUAGCUCCUCGUCCGGCACACACUGUUCCUCGGCUUGAACUUUGUGCUGCCGUGCUCGCAGUAGAGAUGUACGAGUUAAUCCGAGAUGAGAUGGACAUUCAAAUUCACAAUGUCAAGUUUUUCACCGACAGCCGUAUUGUGUUAGGAUACAUACAUAAUUCUUCGAAAAGAUUCUACAUGUAUGUAGCCAACCGAGUCACACGAAUUAGGAGAUCUACACAACCAGAACAAUGGUGCUACGUGCCAACAGAGUUAAACCCAGCAGAUCAGGCGACUAGGUCACUCCAAGCUGCUGAACUCAAAAACAGUAACUGGUUCACCGGGCCAAAAUUUCUGUAUUCAAAUGACUCGCCCAAAGUCAGUCAGUUCCCACUUGUCGAACCCGAAAAUGACAAAGAAAUGCGUCAAGAAGUAAAAACGCUUACUACCUCAGUACUAGAGUCAGAGCUUGGUUCAGAGCGCUUCAAAAGGUUCUCAAGCUGGACAACAGCAUGCAAGGCAAUAUCCAGGCUCAUUCAAUUUGUUGCCCUCUUUAAGCAAAGAAAGGCAGGGUUUUCAAGUCACAUAACAAGUAUGGAAGAAUUCACUCAAGCCAAAAAUAUCAUUAUAAGAUCAGUCCAGCAGGAUGCAUACAGUGGGAUCAUUAAAAAAGUAAAACAGGGGAAAAUGAUUGGUUCAAGAAAAGAGACACUCAUGAAACUUAACCCAGUUUUGGACAAGGAUGGACUUUUGCGAAUCGGUGGGCGCCUAUCUUCUGCUGAACUUAAUGAAGAUGAAAAACACCCUCUGAUCAUCCCAUCUUCCAGUCACGUAGCCACACUCCUAGUGCGACACUUCCACGAACAGUCUGCUCAUCAGGGACGGCACAUCACAGAAGGAGCUGUCCGUAGUGCUGGGUUCUGGAUAGUGGGAGGUAAGCGGCUCGUUUCUUCUUUGAUACACAACUGUGUCACCUGCCGCAAGUUGCGUGGCAAAAUGCAGUUUCAGAAAAUGGCUGAUUUGCCUGCUGACCGAGUGACUCCAGAGCCCCCUUUCACAACAGUGGGCUUGGACGUGUUCGGGCCAUGGACAAUAGUUACACGUCGCACGAGAGGUGGCAGUGCACUAAGCAAACGGUGGGCUGUUAUUUUCUCAUGCAUGACAACUAGGGCCGUACAUAUCGAGCUAAUUGAAAGCAUGUCAACUGACAGCUUUAUAAAUGCAUUAAGGAGAUUUUUUGCAGUUCGUGGGCCAGCUAAACUUUUGCGUUCAGAUCGAGGAACUAAUUUUGUUGGAGCUUGUAAAGAACUGGGCUUGGACACUGAUAAGUCAGCUACAGGAAAGUUCCUUCAAGAGAAAGGAUGUGCAUGGACAUUUAACCCACCUCAUGCAUCCCACAUGGGAGGGUCUUGGGAACGUCUCAUUGGGGUAGCUAGGCGCAUCCUGGAAGCUAUGUUGACAAAAAAUGCUCAGACCAAUCUGUCUCAUGAGAUUUUAAGCACAUUCAUGGCUGAAGUGAUGGCUAUUAUUAAUGCAAGACCUCUAGUCCCAGUGUCCACAGAUCCUGAGUCCCCAACAGUACUCACUCCAGCAAUGCUACUAACUCAAAAGGCAAGUUCCGUUUCAGCUCCAUCCGGAAACUUUUCCCAGGGUCAGCUAUAUGGGAAACAAUGGAAACGGGUCCAACAUCUGGCGGACACGUUUUGGAAAAGAUGGAAAAUGGAAUAUUUGUCUAGCUUGCAAAAACGUUCAAAAUGGACGAACAAUCAACCGAAUGUGAAAGAAGGAGACAUUGUCCUGUUGAAAGAUGCUCAAGCACACAGGAACGAAUGGCCAAUGGGACUGAUAGUUAGAACUGUACCCAGCGGUGACAAUAGGGUCCGCAAAGUUGAAGUGCGGAUCGUGAGAGAUGGCACAGCCAAAGUGUUCUUAAGACCUGUGUCAGAAAUUGUUGUUUUACUUUCAGAUAUUAACUGAAUACCACAUGUGAUGUCAUAUGUUUCUCGUUUAAUAGUGAUAUAAUGUAAUUAUAUCAAGCGGGGAGUGUCAUGCCUUUUUGUUAAAAAGACAAAAGUAAUUCAUAAGUUAAUAAGUUAGUUAAAAUUCUAUAAGUUAGUUCAAAUGUAAAUAUUGUAGUCCAAAGAGUUCAUCUAAAAAUGAUAGCGAGUGAGACAUCGCCUUUUCCAGCAAACGUGCAUUUAUGUUGAAAGCAAGAGCAUCUGUCGCAAUUAGCGAUCUUUGUCGUCAGCCUUUUUUCCUCCUUCCAAGCAUGUUUCUCAGCGCCUGCGAGGCUUAAAACAUCGACGAACUUGCUCUGCCGGCUAAGCCUUGGCUAACCUUCGUCUUUUUACCGCAUCACAACAACAACAUACGUUAUACACACAAAUUGAGACCUCCAUAAAAUCAAGAAAAGUACGCCUUGUCUUUGGAGAGUUUCAUUUAUUGGUUCGCUGGCUGUAUAGCAACAC